ACUAUACGGAAAUCAGAAUUAGUUGUUGAAUUGAAUGAUAGAAAAAGCAUUGAUAUAUAUAAAAAAGAUUCAUUAGUUCCAAAUUAUGAAGUUGUAAAUGCAGAUGAUGAGGAUUAUAUAUUUUUAGAAAACCUACGAAAAGAAGCCGAAUCUCUAAAUAAAGAUAAUCACCUUUUAAAUGAUUAUUUGUUCCACAAAUACGAAAAUAUACAUGAAGGUAUUCUUGCUUUACAAAAAGAUAUAGAAAAUUUAGAAAAACAGCAUUUAAGGAAGGAGUUUGGAGAAUAUUAA